AUGUGUUGGUUAGCUGAAAAAUUUAACGGGAUAGACGGGAAUUAUUACAGAACCGCUCGACAUAUCAUAUUAUUUGACCAAGUUGGCGCAAUCUCAUCUGCACUCGAUCUGUUUGGAAAAAAUGCUGUACAAUUUCCAUCGCCCAAGAAGCUGCCAACAGAAAAAGAUGUUAAAGAUGAAACAGUUGGUCAAUCAGUUAGUGGCAAAGGAUUUGUCGAUAGUGAUAAAUCAUGGACACCCCAGGCUAUUGGUGCAAUAAUAACGUUAUGUGAUCGAAUUGUGACUCAUUGGGAUCCCAGAUAUUUACAAGUGCAAACCACCGUCUCGCUUCAUUCAAUGUUGUGCGGUGCAGACAAAACAUUAACUGAAGUACCGUUAUCAUUUGCAGGUGAGUAA